AUGGAAGAGCACCGAGAUCAUGAUGCCGAAGCGCGGAGGUGGAUGCGAGGCACUCAGGAGCGGCGAACCGAUGGCUGGGGCGUUGCUCCGGAGCCCAACAUGAAACGUGACGCUAUCGUGACUGGGGACAUGACGAACAUGGAUACGAUCUUGGAGGAGCAUAGCGUGCGCACGCUGCAUGCUCACGGCAUUGCCAUGGGUCUCGGUGACGGGCUUAUGGGCGACUCAGAGGUCGGGCACUUGGAAAUCGGCGCUGGGCGGGUCGUCUGGCAAGAUAUCGUGAGGAUCGAUGUGUCGAUCAACAAGCGCCAGUGCCACAAGAACGAGGUCAUUGUCGGGAGCUGCAAGCAUGCAAAGGAAGGGAACCCCCGUCUACACCUACUGGGUCUCGUCUCGGACGGAUACGUCAAGGGCCUCCUCGCAUUCACUGGGAAGGAGAAGUACGGCCAGAUCGUGACCGUCAUGGGCCACUACUACGCAAUGAACCGCGACAGGCGUUGCGAGCGCAUCAAAAUCGCCUUGGAUGGCCUCGUGAAGGACUACGAAAAGGACAAGACAGAUGAAUUCUUGAAGUGUAUCAUCGUGAACGGUGAUGAGGGCUGCAUCAAGGAUGGCGAGACGCUCUUCUUCAACUACCGCUCUGACCGGAUGCGGCAGAUUGCCACCGUGCUUGGUUUCCGUGUCAAGUCCAUGAAGGUCGAUGUGGUGACAGCAUACAUAGCCGAACCCGAGAAAUACGCACACGUCACGUUUUUCUUCAACGGCGGUGUUGUGAAACAGCAUCUUAACGAGGAGCGGCAUAAGAUCCUCUCGCUUAGGGACGCGACGUACGACAAGGACCCCAAGAUGAGCAUCCAGGCCGUCGCGAACAAGGUCAUGGAGGUCAUACGCAAGAGUGACAAGGAGUUCGUGAUGCACAACUUUGCGCCGCCGGAUAUGGCUGGCCACACGGGCGUACCCGAGGCAGCCGUGGAGGCCACCUCCGCAACAAACAAGGCCGCCGUAACAGUGUACCCGGCCUGUGAGGAGGCGGGUUACAUUUUGCUCAUCACGGCGGACCAUGGGAACGCGGAGCAGAUGAUCGACCUCGAGACGGGUGCGCCGCACACAGCACACAUGACGAACCCGGUGCCGUUUAUCAUGAAGGGCGACCAGAAGGAAUUCUACUUCACUACCGACAAGAAGGACAGUGAGGAGAAGAACGGCGCGCUGUGCGACGUGACACCCACCGUGCUUGACAUUGUGGUUGCAGAGAUGACCGGUCACUCGUUGCUCAUGCAUGAUGAGGAGAAGAAGGAAGAAGAUUUGCUGGGGUUGCAUGCGGGCCGGAUGGCUUGA